AAAAGUAUGGAGCGAUAACUGCGCUCAUUAAGUUAGUAUCGUUACUGGCAUUGUCAGGUGAGGACUAUGUAAGCUUUCUACAAUCCAUAAAAUGAAACCAGCAAUCACAAACUUCGCCAACCGUACGGGAAGCCCCUUCAAUAAAGAUGCGAAAGAAACCAGCAUUGUCCACGAAGAGGUAUUAAAGACUGACGUGACAGAAGACAAAAGAGAGAAGAACAGUGAACUCCAACAGAAGGUGAAUAAGAAGACAGCAGAAUACCAAGCUCAUAAACCAAGUUCGGGUGUCUUUACGGAAGUGGUGUCACAUGGUGCAUUCACUUGUAAAAAAGUCGAGAAAGAGAAGUCGCCGAAACCUGAAAGUGCUAGAAAUAAUGGGAACGGAAAGUCCCUUUUGGGAUUCCCGUCGUCAGCCAACGAUUUGGCUCUGGACGCGAAAUCUGACUUGGAGUCUGAUCCCAACAUCUCUAAGGAGGUAAAGGAAAAGGUAAUUGAAAAACUCUUCAAGCUAGUCUCAAUGGUGCAGCACACUUAUGAAUCAAAAGUGAGAAUAAUGACGGAAUUCGAAAAAUUCAAGGACACGCAUCUGAAGAAUGAACUAAGGAGAGAAAGAGAGCAUUCUGAACAAUUGUAUAAACUGAAUAUGAAUUAUCAAAAUGAGGUGGUCCAGUCAGUGCAGCAGUUGAAAAGUGAGUUAGAUAUGUUUAGAAACUUCAAUACUGACUCUGGUGCAGUUAGUUUAAAAGAUUCGAUGACUUACGAUUCUUUACCUGUGGUUGAAAAAGAUAAAGAAGAAAAUUAAAUAAUAAGAAAUACUAAAAUAUUGUUAACCAAAGAUCUUAUCACUGUGUAAUUAAUAAAUUUUAUGAUU